AUGAAUGAGAUCAGAAUCGCCAUCCUCGGCGAGUUAUCAACUGGCCUAGUUGCCACCUUCCACCGCGAACGCCUCGCCCACGCUGAAGCGGCCCAUGCCAUAGCCAGUACAGCGGGCGAGCAAACCAGAGUAUGUACGGUGGACGAGGAAGAGAUAUUCGUCGUGACGAAAGAAAAAUGCCUUGGUGAACUUGACGAGCUACAUUGCUUCGAGCACGGCAGUCCGCCUGACGGCAUUGUCCUGGUCUACGAUGGAACUUCGUCACACUCAUUCCAAUGUGUGUUGACGGCACUUGAGAAGAUUGUAUCUGUGGAAUGGGGGCCUCGUCUGCCGCCGUUGGAUAUCCCUCCACGGACCGCUUCCAAGAUUGAGAGAGAUGGCAGUUCCCAGAGACAACCAGCCAUUGAGACACCAGACCGUCUCCUGUCUUGCCCGCUGCUCUGUGUAGCUGGCGAUACGCUUUUAGCCGGCUCGGAAGGUGUGGAGGUCAUUCCUGCUGCUGAACGACGCGCACUUAGCGAGCGGUUCGGGUGUGCGGUUCAUGAGAUAUCCGGCGAGAGUGGUGAUGAUGUUGAUAGGGUUGUUGUGGGUCUUGUUCGCGGUGUUAUGGACAGGGGGAGAAAUUGUCGACUUCCUUGGACUGCACAGCGUCCGAAGAAGCAUGGGGGAGCUUCUGUAUCGUCGACGGGGGACGCCAUAUUAAGGAAGAUCUCCAGGGUUUUUACAAAGCAAAUCAAAGCGCCAGAAUGA